GCAAUAUGAAGAAAAUGUAAAAAGGUAAUUAUAAGCCACAACAACGGGCAUAUAUAGUUGAAGUGGAGAUUAAUAGUACAUGCAUCCAAAAACCUUUCAACUACGCACAGCAGCGACCACGCCCCUUGAUAUUUUGUUCUCCAACGUGAUGAGUGGAGCCUGUCGAAUCCCUACGAGGUCCACCUGCACGGCGAAGUCGGUGACAGAUUUUUAUACAACCGGAAGUGGUCGCCUCCGAGACAAGAAGCAACAGGCAGUGCUCCGAGAUUAUUGGCUCCCGCAGUGGAAGAUGGAGCAUAAGAAAAUUUAUGUUCGAAUUGCGGGCGCAAGCUUAGCCGCCAGGGACCCCUUCGGCAUUCGGCUUUGGGCGAACCGACACGGAUCCAGCGAAUGCCAUGAUCAGGCACAUCUCAAAGUGCCUCCCUACUGGCUGGUUUCUUUGGGUUGCCCCGAAGGGCGCAAAGUCUGUUGUUGCGCCAACUGUGGGUCUAACGAUCGUUCACCAGACAAAACGCUAACAACCAAUCCGGUGGAUCGGAUUUUACCCUGAAUUAGCAAUCAAUCAAGUUAUGGGGCCUAUUUCUCGGAUUUUAAGUCACGGAGUUAACAGGACAUUACGCAGUACGGAGUAUACAUCUGCAUAAUGACGCUGCAUCUGAG